AUGGCCACGGUGGAGAGGUUUUUUUGUCUGUUGGAGGCUCAUGGAGCUCGCCCGUCUGUGGAAGGGCUGGGCUGGGCCCGUGAGAACUGGAAUAACUUUCAGAGUGUGACGGAGCGGAUUGUGGCCCUGCAGAAGGAGGCACGGCCAAGUCGGGAAAGGGCAAAGGUUUCAUCUGUGCAGUUUUGGGAGCUGGUAGAUUCCCUGCAAGGGCAUAUAGUAACUUUAAAGGACGAAGUGGCAGAUUUUAAGGAUAGAUUAAAAACAGAGCAGAAGUGGCAAAAUUGUUUUUUGAAGAAGGAAGAACGGCAGGCAGAGCCUGCCUCCAUAUACCCUCAGGCAGAGCUGGCAGCAGCAGAGGAAGCUGCGGCUCACAUGCGUCCUCUCAUUAAAACCGAGAUGCUGUAUGAUAAGGAUGGCACCCCUGCCAUCACAACGAAAGAGAUACCCUUUUCUUCCACUGAGCUGGCCAAACUGCGUAAAGAGUUUACACGUUCUGCUGGGGAGUCUGAGGUGGAAUAUGUAUGGCGUGUUUCUAAAACUGGAGGGGAUCAAAUUAGGUUGACAGAGGCUGAAGCUACAGGCUAUUGGGGUGCUAAUGUGUUCCUAACUACGGGAAAUAGGAGUGGUCCCUGGAGCCUUACUCAGCGAGCAACUUUCUGGGCUGGGGGCUUUGAUUCAAAAGAGAGAGGAGAGCCUCUAGUUCUGAGGGGAGGCAUGAAUCAGAUAAUGGAAAAUGUGCACGCAGCUUGUUUGCAAAUGGUCUAUGAUCGAGAACUGAAACAUCAUUUUGAAUCACCCCUUUCUCUCUUGGUGGACCCAAAGCGAAUGACUCCUUGUCGGGGGCUUCCUGACUCCCUUAAGAUGAAGGGCAUCCAGCUUCAAAAGGAGAUAGCUGACACCCCACUUACCUCCCGAAUACAAGCUGCUCUGAGGGAGAACUUAACACCCAGGAGGAGGCAGCCUGAUUGCAGACAAUGGACGUGGGAGGAGGUGGCCAGAGAGCUAUUAGAUUAUGCCAGGCAAUACGGGGUGCCUGAGGAAGUUCAUAAGCCUGAGCCUAGAGGCUUGAGGCAGGUGAAAAUUAAUCGCCCACCUCCGAGUCCAGACCCCCGGAGCCAGAUGCUUCGAAUCCCCAGGCGACACUCGACUGGGGGAAGGGAGCAUCUGAAUAUUAGACAGUAUUGGUGGUGGGUAGGCCGAAAGAAAGGUAUCCCAAAAGAAGUGAUUGCCGGGUUAUUCACAAGGCAGUUAGAAAUGGUUGUGAAGCACUGGCCUGAGCCCACCCUCGAUAAGAGGACAGGUGUGCCUCAUAGGAACUGAGGCUUCACCCCUCUGUGGUGAGUGGGGGGGGGGUGAAGCAUAGAGAUCUGUGAGCUCACCAGUCAAUAGUGAAAUUGUACCGGGUUUGGGAGGUGGAUUCGGGUUUGUGCUUAGCUUGGCUUAAGCUGAAACGAUCAAAAGCACUUACAGGCCCAUUAAAAGUAAUUAAGUCAACUCUGUUAAGAGCUUCACCUAGGGAAACUCAGGGAGUCUCUCGUUGGAUGGGGGGUGUCCUGCACGGAUACUUUACUGAUAAAGACUUGGAAAGAACAAACUUGGUUAACUCUGUGGGAAGGCCCUUUUCUUGUGCUGCUCACCACAGGAACGGCGCUCAGAACAGCAGAGAAAAGACGGACACAGCCUCACGAGUAAAAGCACCUGUGCAGGAGGGACAAGUGACUUCGGAACCAGGAGAAACAAAGUGACACUAAGGCUAAGCACUGCUGGAAUUUCUAAACACUUAUCACUCCUGGGGGGGGCACUAAUUGAGACUUCAUAACCAAUACUCAAACUGACCGAAGGUGUUGAAAUUGUUACAAACAGGAGGGAUUGUGUA